AUGAACCUCCAAGUAGCGCGCAGCAUGGACAAUUUCAUCAGUCUGGGAGCAAGGAACACAGACAAGGCCAAUGUGGAGCCGACGGCGACGUUGAACCACGACGACAUGCAGGAAAACGCAUCGGGCAUUGUUCAAACCUCCGUGCGCCGAUCGGUCUUCAUUGUCAAGGUCAAGAGAUUGGCCAUCUACUUCAAAGAUAGAUGUCUGCAGCAAGAUCUGUCACAGAUGAUCCAAUUUGCUCCGGGAUUAAUAAGCACUCAUUUGGAUGAAGUCCGUCAGCAAAUGGAAGCAGGAAUUUGA